GGGGGUCGCACGGGGUCGCACUUGCAACCCCUGAAAAUAUCAUAGGGUCGCAAGAGUAUCUUUUUGCGACUCCAAAAAAUUACGAUUUCAAUUAUCAAAAAAUUGAAAUAUCAAUAUAAUAAUAAACUAACUAAUUUAUAUUUUGAGAACCAAUGUUUAACGUUGUCUUGAAGCACUGGAAUUAUUAUUAUACUAUAUCCUUUCCACAUUUAUUUAUAGUUUUGUUAUUAAUAAUUUUCUAUUAUUAUACCAAUAUGUAUAUUUAUUGUGAUCGGCCGACUCGAGUCUCAAUGGUAGCUGAUAAUGAAAACGUGUUUCAUAGUUUAAAAUUACUAUUUGUUUGUUUUAUUCAUGAAUUUAAUUUUUACACUUGUUAUUUCUUAUUCGUGAUCGACUUAAAAUUAAGUACUUACUACAAUGGACAAAUUUCUUAUAAAAGUAUCGAAGUCAAAAAAAAAUACUAAUGCUGAGAAAAAUGUUAACUUACCUGAAGAAAACCACCUUUCCCCAGAAAAAAGAUCAAAAAUGGAUAUUCUACCAAAUACCAAGGACAUAAAUCAAAUUCAGAAUGCUAUAUCUAGCCAUGUAGGUACAUCAAAGUCAGAUCAAACUACAAAUACACUAUUGAUAAGUGACAAUCUUAAUCGAGAUCCUGGUCAUAAGAAUACAAAUGCUUUAAUUUUAUUUUCAAGUGGGUUUGGACCGUAUCAACCAAAUAACAUUAUAUUUCCACAGCAUUUAGGAAGAAAAUUUCGAACAGAGUGGUAUACUUCUUUUCCUUGGAUAGAAUAUAGUCCUAGCAGUAACUCUGCAUAUUGUUUUUACUGUCGUGUUUUUCCAUCUAAAACAUCAGAUCCAACUUUUGUUAGUGUUGGAUUCAAGCAAUGGUCAAAAGCUAGUUUCAAGUCUUUUCCUCAGCAUGAAAAAUCAUUUGGACACAAAGAAGCUAGUGCCAAAUUAGCUGGUUAUAAAAAUUCUAAGAAAUCUGGGAGUAUAAUUAGCAAAGUUAAUACACACCAUCAGCAGAUAGUAGCUGAUAAUCGAGCCUAUUUAAAAUGUAUUUUAGACAGUUUACUUUUUUGUGCUCGUCAAGGAAUAGCUAUCAGAGGUCAUAGAGUAGACGAAGACUCUUCAAACAAAGGAAACUUUCUAGAACUAUUAACACUUCGUGCUAAAGAUAAUGAUAUUAUUCAACGAUAUUUUUUUGAAAAAGAAAAGACAUUUCGUUAUGUCAGUGGUGAUUACACAAAUACAUUUCUUGAGUAUUUAGCUAAUAUUGUUAUUGAAAAUAUAAUUGAUAAUGUAAUAGCUGCGGGUAUUUUCAGUAUAAUAGUUGACGAAACUCAAGAUUUGUCUCGACAUGAACAAGUCGCAAUUAUUAUAAGAUACGCAACAAAAGAUUUAUCUCCAGCAGAAGUUUUUCUUGGUUUUUAUAAAACAGAAAAUACAGAUGGAGAAACACUUUCAAUGUUAAUAAAAUCAACUCUUGUAUCUCAUGGUUUAAAAAUAGAAAACUUGAGAGGGCAGUGUUACGACGGUGCAGCGUCAAUGAGAGGGUCGUAUAAAGGGGUACAAGCAAGAAUUAAAGAAGAAAAUCAUUUAGCAAUGUACAUUCACUGUAAUGCACAUAUUUUAAAUUUAUGCCUUAUAGAUUUGGCUAAACAAGUAUCUUAUGUAAGAAAUGUAUUUGGAACAUUAAAUACAUUACAUAAUUUUAUUGGUGCAUCAUCCAAGAGGCAUGCGAUUUUUGAAAAAAUGUAUUCAGUUUUAAAUAUAAGUACAUGUGAAGGACCUAAAACUUUAAAAAGUCUCAGUGAUACUAGGUGGAGUUGCCGACUAGAUGCCCUCAAGGCGGUUUUAUUCAAUUUUCAAACUGUGGUUAGUACUUUAGAAGAUAUUUCGGAAAAUGAUGCUGUUUAUGGAUCUGAUGCUAAUGCAUUACUAAAUCAAUGGCAAAAGAAACAAUACAAGAAUUAUGCAAUAUGCGGUGUGAAGAAAGUUUUAAUAACACUUGGAAUGAAGUAG